AUGUCUCUGGAUGACCCAAAAACCAAGUCCAUCAUGGAAAUAUUUGAGGCCUCCAUGGAGAACGUGUAUGGCAAGUUUAAGAAUAUUCCAGAUCCAUCCUCCUGGAUUCCUCCAUCUGUUGGGGGCCAUCGUGGGCGGUACUUAUGGACUGAUGCCUUUGGUGUCAUGAACUUUCUGACACUGUAUAAAAUGUAUUCCGACCUAAAGGCAGAACACGUACACCCGGAGAAGUAUCUUGCCUUCGCAAAGCGCCUUGUGGAAACCGUCCAUGAUGUUUUAGGCAGAACUCGAGAUGGAAAUUCCCGCUUACCAGGUGCAACUAAAUUUGAACCACUGGCAGGAGGGCUGAGAAUUGGGAAAGUGGACGAGACCGGCCCAGAUUGUGAUGGCCAAUACCACCAUUAUCUGACACUAUGGAUGUUUGCUCUUAAUCGAAUGUCAAUGGCAACUGGGGAUCCAACUUACAACAGACAGGCAUGUUCGCUGGGGAAAGCUAUUCAUCCGCACUUCUUCAUUGGGCUUUACACAGAUAACCCUCAUAUGGUAUGGAAAGUAUCAAUGGACCUUUCACACCCUCUAGUCUCUAGCCAGGGUAACUUAGACCCGCUAGAUGGCUACGUCAUCUACUCGCUUGUUCAAGCGUCUGCCCGAGAGUUUGGGGACGGCCAAGUAUUCAAGGAAGAAAUAUCCAGCUACAAGAAGCUGUUUUCUUCUAGAUUGCAGUCUAUACCUUCAAUGGAUUUUCUCGAUGUGGGAAUGACUCUUGUCUCGACCCAAUGGUUUUAUGGUGUUGAAGAUUGGGCUACCACUGUAGCGUCUCGAUGCUUCAAGAUCCUUCGAGCACUCAUUAACCAGGAUAAUUGCCUUCAAGAUGGCUCAGAUCGUAUUGCCUUUAGGGAGUUUGGGGCCUCCCUUGGUAUCAGUUGUUUUAGAGGUGCAGUAGGUACAAAAGGACAAUUAUACGAUUACUAUAAACGUUUCUCCGACAACCUCCUUGGCCAGUAUAACGAUGGUAAUAUAAAGAUACCAGAUAGCCUGGAGCCGAUCACGAGGGUCAUGCACGCGGCUGCAUUAAUUCCAGGAGCAUUCUAUGUGGGUUUCUUUGGCCCUGAACCUAUCAAAGCAAAAGAUUUAGCCUAA